GUCAAGCUUUAAUCCUUGGCAACUUUAGGAGCUCUGAGGCCCUAGAUUUCAGAUCAUUAAUAUCGUUUCCGGGACUCUAUCAUGGCCUCUGUCAACUCAGCCGAUCCGACACCACCGACUGCUCUGGCGAAUUCCAAUCCUGAAUAUGAGGCCAACGUGGCCGACAUUGAAGAUGCGCUCAAGAACAGGAGAUUAACUCUCGUAUUUGGGACAGGGAUUUCUAUCAACGCCAUUAAAGACAGUACUGCUGGCGUGAGUGAUGAUGAGAAAUCCAGAAAGGCGGAUACUUUGAGGUGGAAUGCCUUAAUUUUAAGUGGACUUCAAUUCAUCGAAAACAAUCCUGAUUACAAAGCAAGUCUUACAAGAAGUGAGAUACAAGAGCUGGAUUGUUACAAAUCAUGCCUAUCAACGGAGGGGGUUGCUCUCGGCACAAUGUUACGUGCAGCCAUAUUUUUGAGAGCGAAACUAAAGGAACUCGGACGACUACAGGCAUGGUUCAAGCUUGAGUUCAGCGGACUUUAUGACAAAUUCAUUGGAGACAAUCCAAACCCUAUGCUCGAGAGCAUAAAGGAACUCAACAGGAAUCAUGCAAGGAUCAUGACAACCAACUAUGACGAUUUGAUCAGUCGACGUUGCGAUAAACAUGCAAUCAUUCCUGACGAGGAACAAAAGUUGAAGGACUUUUUUUCGGCCAAUUCGGAAUCGAGACGGCGAAUCUUGCAUAUCCACGGAAUUUGGAAUGACCCCAAAAGCAUUGUGCUGGAUGGUGUUAACUACUACAAAAUCACAACACACCCUUACCUUCAGCAUGCCCUUCAAACAUGCAUGGGCGGCACCGAAGUCCUAGUUUUUGUAGGAACUGGCGGAGGACUCGAUGACCCAAAUUUUUCUGGUCUUCUGCGCUGGGCAAAUGAGGUAGUUGGAGAGGAAAGAAGGCCGCAGUAUAUUCUACUUCCAGAUGGCCAAAAUAACAAACACAAAUCACUCCACGCCAUCCACUAUGGUGAUCAUUCCAGGCUGCCAGAAUUCUUGAAGGGGAUAGUUCGCAGAGUAACAGGGUAAGAUUGCUAUUUUUAGGUUUUUAAUUCAGGUGGGACGUGGCGGGUUUAUGAUUUUAAGUAGCCGCAC